ACGCCGACACAGAAUGUUUGACCUCUCACGGUUGCCGUAGUUCCGUACGUCAUCAACAUACGUCUUCACAAACAUCUUCCACUAACUACGCCAUCUCUGCUGUGGAUGAUGUGACCCUACAGCUGGACUCCUGCAGGAUGAUCAAGUUCCUGCUGAUGGUGAACCAGCAGGGUCAGACCCGACUCUCCCGGUACUUCGAGCCCGUAGAACUGAACCGGAGAGCGGCGCAGGAAGCCGCCGUCGUCCGCUGCUGUCUGAGCCGUAACAAGGAGCAGUGCUCGUUUGUGGAGUACCAGGACUUUAAGCUGGUGUACCGGCAGUACGCGGCCCUGUACGUGGUGGUCGGAGUGUCUCACACUGAGAAUGAACUGUCCAUCUUUGAGCUGAUCCAGAACUUUGUGGAGGUUCUGGAUAGAUACUUCAGUCGCGUGACACUGUCUGAUUCAACUAAAGGCACAGCUGGAGGUGGAUUCCAGCUCCUCACAUCCCUACUUGGGAAUAAUUUGUUCAGGAAACAAAUGUUGGCUUUUCCUUGACCAGGCGACUGAACCAGAUUAUGUUUCACCUGGACUCUGUUCACAUAAUCCUGGAUGAGAUGAUCCAGAACGGUCACAUCGUGGAGACGAACAAGAACCGCAUCCUUGCUCCACUCACUGCAAUCAAUAAGAUGGCGGAUGGAUGACGAGCAGGAUGUCAUCUGGACAGGUGUCACAUUGUAUAUUCUAUUUUUGUUAAUAAAGGUUUGUUAAAAAAAAUCUGGACAGGUGUGAAGUGACACCAGGAAUAUUUCAGUUAAAUGUUUUAUAUCACCAUGGAGGAGAGGACCAGACGCCCCCGGUUCUUUAAACUGAACUUUGAGUUCACAUAUUGUUUUCUGUUAACCUCAGCUGGUCUGCCUUUUGUUAAAACUGAAUCAUUCCGGCUCCCAACUCAAGUGAUGAUCCAGAGUUCUGAACCAGUUUAAACAGGAUCUUUAAUCUCUUUGGUGCCGCCAGUCUGGUUCUUUCGGCGGAUCCGUUAGCCAAAGGGAACCGAGUCUGACGGUACCCACCAGAAAUCCACUGAAGAUCCAGAGACCCACAUGAACCCUGAUUUCCACAUAAGGUAAACAAUAAAAUUGUUAAAAACUUCA